AUGGGCCUCAUCGACGACGUGCUAAACGACCUCGACGAGGGCUUCGUCGGUCUCUUCGCCCAAUGGAACUUCUGGACGACCCUGCUAGCCACUGCCAUCAUCGGCAUCAUCACAUACCAGUUCGCUACCCACAAAGAGCCAGACAUCCAUCCCUUCAUCCUCUAUCGUCAGUCCGAACGGUCUGCAGUGCGCCUCCCCGGCGAAUCCCCCGAGUACCGCUCGCCCUCUGCUCCUUUUGGUCAGCUUACCUCUGGUCUGAACGUCAAGGAUCCAGGCACGCCCAGGUGGGCUAAGGGCCGUGAUGGUGACCUCCGUGACAUUUGGCGUCAAGUUCUGGCCGGCGUUCAGCCAGAGGAUGCCUCGGGCUCCGUCCAGGGCCCCACGGGCCGCAUCUUGACUGUCUUGGGCACGGAGAAAGUGAUAGAGCACAAGCUGGACGAUAUCACCCGCCAGAUCAACCUAAUCGGACAGCACAUCGCGACAAAUAAGGGCGAUCGCGUGGCCAUAUAUCUUCCGAACUCGGUCGAGCUGCUGGCGACUCUCUUUGCCUGUGCCUUCUACGACCUGGCUGCCGUGAUCCUGCCCUUCGACCAGUCCGAGGAUGUGGUGAUUUCUAUGCUUCGCCGUGCUGAGGUUGACACUGUUGUCACGGCCCCUGGCGUCUUCCCCUUCGAGUCUGUCGUCAAGAGCUACCCGGCAUUGCGCCAGCUGAUAUGGGUGGUCGACCCGGGCAGUGAGCACCUCAACUGGAAUGAUAUUCCUCAGGGCGAGAGCCAAGUUAGCGUUUUCACUUGGCAAGACAUCGUCAAGGAGAGCCCGCAAGAUGCUGGCAAGACCCUGCCGCCGCUGGAAGGCCAGAAGCCGCCCCGUGACAUCACACUUUUCUGGUUGUCUCAGCGCCCUUUUCGCGACGAAAUGGUUACCUUUACCCACGGCAACUUUGUUUCUGGUGUCGCCGCCCAGCUCUCCGCCAUUCCGGCUUCACAACGCAUUGACACGUCGGAUUUGUUCCUCCCAGCCGACUCGCUGGCGAACAGCUACACUCUCGUCUGGACUCUCACGGCUCUGUACUCCAAUGCUUCUGUCGCCUUUAACUCUGCCGCCGCUCAAGCUCACGAUCUGUCCGCGGCUCUGACGGGUGUGAACCCCACUAUCGUCGUUGCUACCCCUCUUGCUCUUGCCAGGUGGCAUAAGCAGCAGUUCAAGAACCUCGGUUACUUCGCCCGCAGAUACAAGGUUCAACGCAUGCGCCGCUGGGCUAGUAUCGGCCACAUGGCUGACCUCAAGGGCACCGGCAAGCUCCGUCUCAUCCUGACUGCCAAGCGUGCUGGUGUCACUCCGGGCCCCAAGGAUCCUGUUCUCUCGACCGGCCUGUUGACCGACCUUCGCAUGUGGCUUGGUGCCCGCGUUAUGUAUGCCCUCACGGCUGCCAAGGUCGCUGGCGCUGUGACACAGACCCUCUACUACGACUACCGCUUGUUUGCUUCCUCGAGGACGAACUCCGAGACGCAUUUUGGACCUCCUGUUACUAGUGUGGUAAUCGUGCUGAGGGAUACCCCUGAGUACAAGAAUAGUGAUGACGUUUAUCAGGGAGAGAUUAUCGUUCGUGGUCCGGCCGUCGCUGGUGGCGAGGCUGCCCUUGGUGAAGUGGGCAUCAUGAGGGAAGAUUGGACUCUUGGAUCCCCUCAUGGAGAAAUUCUCCAUGAUGAUGAUGUCGAAAACUGA